AUGGUGUCGUACCGCUUCCUUGCAACGCGGCUCGUCGCCUUUUCUGCGCUGACUUUGCGUUCCUUCGCCGUCGCGGAGGACGAACUCGCACUGCUAGCCGGCUUGACACCCUGUGAACUGGUGAGGUACUACGGCUACCCGUGCGAGGUCAGCCACACUACCACAGAUGACGGUUACGUGCUCGAAGUGGACAGGAUUCGCCAUGGCCACGACCGAUGCGCCUCCUCCACCAGGGCCAAGGAAGGAAAAGGACGUCGCCGCCACCCCGUGCUGUUCCUGCCCAGCUUCCUAGCCGCCUCGGACAUGUGGUUCCUCAACUACCCUUGGCAGAGCGCAGGUUUCCUUUUCGCCGACGCCGGUUUCGACGUGUGGGCUAUGAACUCGAGAGAGUCGAACCCGUACUCCUACCACAAGACGCUGUCGAAAGGCGACCCAGAGUACUGGCAAUGGAGCUUCGACGAGAUUGGGCGUCAUGACGUGGCUGCCUGUAUCGACCACGUGCUCAACGCAACCGGCGCAUCGAAAGUGACGCUGCUAUCUCUCUCCCAAGGUGUGACCAUCGCUCUGGUGCUGCUUUCGACCCGGCCUGAGUACAACGACAAGGGACCGCCAUCAGAUAGAUUUGUCUCUGCUGUUAGAGUGAUCGUUCCGAAAGGCGUCUGUGUUGGUUUAGAUACUUUGACAAGUUUCCUUUUCGCCGACGCCGGUUUCGACGUGUGGGCUAUGAACUCGAGAGAGUCGAACCCGUACUCCUACCACAAGACGCUGUCGAAAGGCGACCCAGAGUACUGGCAAUGGAGCUUCGACGAGAUUGGGCGUCAUGACGUGGCUGCCUGUAUCGACCACGUGCUCAACGCAACCGGCGCAUCGAAAGUGACGCUGCUAUCUCUCUCCCAAGGUGUGACCAUCGCUCUGGUGCUGCUUUCGACCCGGCCUGAGUACAACGACAAGGUCGAUCUCGUCGUAGCGUACGGUCCCAUUGCAAAUAUCAGCAACAUGGGGUCUCCCAUGCCUUUAUUGUUGAACGUGUUUCAGCUUUUAACGCUUUUAAUGGACCCUGACCACAAAGGAAGAUUUGUAAACGUACAUCCUGCAGUGACAGUUGGAUGCCAGAUUCUGGGCGGGCUUCUCUGCACUUCGUUUAUCACGUUGACCUUCUUGAGCAGUCCUCGUCAGUUUAACCAGACGCGAAUGCCGAUGUACGGGGCCCACUACCCAAUCGGCACGACCGUUCAGAACUUGCACCACUACUACCAGGCGACGCCACCAGCCUACCCUGUGGAACGAAUCAGAACGCGCUUUGCCAUUUUCUCUUCCGAGGGAGACCGGAUGGCGGACCCACGUGACGUGGACUACCUCGUUUCCAGACUGGGAGACAACGUCGUGCUGCGCCACGUCGUUCCGCAACCAACCAUGCGGCACCUAGACUUCGCUGUGGGAUUCAAUGCGACUGAAUUUUUGCAUAAGGUUGCCAUAGAUGUCACCCGCAAGUACGCCGACUCGGGGUCGUGAAUAGGGUUUAUUUGAGUGCAGUA